GCCCAGGUCUUGCAAGCAACCGAAAUUUGAGUGGUGGGGGUAGCCGGGUUAUUGUCCAGAUUUUUUUUGCCACUACUGGCCGCUACGCGGCGCUGUCAGUCAUUCAUAGACACAUAUGAGUGAAGUUACUACAACGUAAGGUUAUAUUCGAAUAGCAUAUGAGUGUGAUUAAAAUUAAUAACAUGAGAGAUAAAUGCAAUGACGACUAAUUCCUGUGCGGUUCCGACCUGCAACACGGGUCGAAAAUCAGUGAAAGAGAAGUGCUCCGUGUUCAAAGUUCCAUCGAAGCGUGAACUGCGUGAAAAAUGGAUUGCUGCGAUUCCAGGAAUUUUUGACCUAAAGUCGUCACAAUUUGUUUGUGAAAAACAUUUUCCGGAGCGAUUCAUCAGACGAAAGUGGAUAAAAUAUGACGCAAACGGUCGGAUUGUCGCAGAAGCGCCGUAUUCCCGUGUUCGUCUCGACCCUUCGGCAGUGCCUUCUGAAUUUGACAACAUCAAUGAAGUGGGCAAUGUCAAUGUUGCCGAUGGCUUCAUCGAACGACACAAUAGGAAGGAGCACAAUUAUUGUGUUACGAAAGAGACUCCAACGUUUGAAGCGGAGAGUACACCGGUUGCCGUAGCAAUUGAAACUCCGUCAUCUUCAGAUCACGACCCCAUUGAAAGAUCUUCCAUACAAGAUGUUUCAACCAACGAAAUGGCAUUGGAUCCUGUAAUGAAUGAUUCGACUGAGCCGAUGCAGGAUGAACCAAUACAAGAUGAUCGCGCCCCCGAAACGAGUGGCUGCAAAUUUAACUUUUCAGAAGUUACCUUAAGCUGUACUACUGAAGGGAGGACUGAAUCCAUCUUGAUACCGAAGCCGUGGACUGUUAGUGAAUUGAGCACAGAUAACGCGGCUGUUCUUUUUUCAUACGUUACACCUAAGGUCGACAACGGCGAAAAUGUACCGGUCAUACAAAGACUGGUCAAGCUGGACCCCAACAAACAGCUCCGUUAUUUUGUAUACGGGCGUGUCGUGCACGAAUGUAAACUCCUGCAAGUCUUGGAUAGCAUUGAUUUACUACCGCAAGCUUUGGAGAACUUCAAGAAUAUGAAUUUGUGCAACGGUCUUGGCUCUAUCAACGAGCAUCAUCUGUCAUUAAACAGUGUCUUCAAAGAUGGCGUCGAUCAUUGGCGUGACCGAGAUUGCACUUUGAUCUCGAAAUGGAAAAGAUGUGCUUGCUGCAUUAAAAUGAGGGCUGUAGUCCUAAAGAGAGAAUCGAGAUCAAAAACGGAAAAAUCGUUGAAACGUGUCCAUCAAGCUUCCAACCCUAUUGACCAAAGGAAGAUAAACGCAUUGCGGAAAAGAAAUGAACGUAUCAGACGAAUUCAGCAUAGAACCCGUAAACGUAUCCACCUAUUGGAGAGAAGUUUGAAAGAAAAAGCUGCUGAAAUUGCUCUCAUUCGUAAUCAAACUUUAAUCAAUAGAUGCUCAAAACUAAAAAUUCCAACCACUCAACAGACUGCACUUCAGGAAAUAAUUGCGGCUGCAGGGAAGAACGGCAAGAAUCGUCGAUACGGGGAACAGUGGAUCAUGCUUUGUUUAUUGAUGAAUAUAAGGUCGCCGAGUUUUUACGAAUACCUUCGCAACAACAAUGUUCUGCCACUGCCUUGUUCUCGAACCAUCCGCGAUUAUUUUUCACUGGUCGACCUGAAGUGUGGUUUCGAUAAAGACUUCGCCAAAUUGCUUUAAAAACAUUUCGAUAAAAAAACGCCUUUGCAACAACAUGGGGUGAUUUUCCUGAAUGAAAUCAGCUUGAGGAACUCAGUGGGCGUAUCUUCAAAAGAUUUGAGUUACGUCGGGUUGAUUGACUUUGGUGACGAUGGUCUGCAGUCUGUUAAAAGUGAAGAUCAAGCGGCACAUGGGCUAGUCAUCAUGUUUCAACCUCUUGCGGAUUCAUAUACACAACCAGUUGCAGUUUUUGCAUCGAAAAAUUCGGUCAAGGGUGAAGAACUCGCGAAGCUGGUCAUUAAAGCCAUCGAAUAUUUGGAGAAAGCUGGUGCGAAAAUUCAUGGGGUCGUCGUCGACGGUGCAGCAACAAACGUCAAGAUGUGGUCAGUAUUGGGUGUCUCAGGUUUGAUGGAGGAUAUAAAGACCUGGUUCACGUAUCCCGUUGAUGAAAAACGAAGAGUUUUCGUAUUCUCUGAUGCACCUCACGUUAUUAAAAAUAUUUGGAACAGCCUUUAUAACACAAAAAAGUUGCAGGUAAAUAUCUAUUUUAAUGGACUUUCCACUACAUCUAUAAAAUAACAUAAUACAAAAGUACAACGAAGGAUAUAGUUAAACGGGACUGAUUAUUUAGUUUAUUUCAAUUCAACUUUUUAUUUUUAAGCAAGUCUUACUUCUUAUGAACAAUGUAAAUGUAAACUGGAACUAAAUUAUUUUAAAUCAUCUCUCAUCUGCGAAUAUAUUUAAAUAAGGUUUAAUUAUUUUUUCCAAAGGUCACUGGUGUUAGUACACUGGGAGAAAUUUUUAGUUCUGGUUACCGUUCAGUCCUUAAUUAUUUAAAUUUUUUACCACAAUCAAAAAAUAUAGUUCUAGGUACAAAACGAAAAUUAGUUUUAUAGUUGUCACCAGAAAGUCUGGUAUCUGUUACUAUACUUUCUCAUUAUGAUCACUGUUACUAUAUUUUCUUGUAAAAAAGUAUAGUAAACCGAACAAACUAAUUUUGCGUUGCAAUUACCAAAAAACGAUCGACAAUAGCGCAAAAUGUUUACAUGUACCUGGUUUUUCGU